AAGGGCCCAAUUUUACAAUGGAAAAAUUCCUUGAUCCAUCUCGUCCCUAUAAAUGUACAGUGUGUAAAGAGUCAUUCACCCAAAAGAACAUUCUCUUGGUUCAUUAUAAUUCAGUUUCUCACCUGCAUAAGUUGAAAAAGGUUUUGCAGGAGGCCUCCAGUCCUGUUCCACAAGAAACCAACAGCAACACAGACAACAAACCCUACAAGUGCAGCAUCUGCAAUGUUGCAUACAGCCAAAGCUCCACAUUGGAAAUCCACAUGAGGUCUGUGCUCCACCAGACAAAGGCCAGGGCUGCAAAGCUGGAGCCAAGUGGUCACAUGGCAAGUGGGCACAGCAUUGCAGCAAAUGUUAACAGCCCUGGCCAAGGGAUGUUAGAUUCCAUGAGUUUAGCAGCAGUCAACAAAGAUACCCACUUGGAUGCCAAAGAAUUAAAUAAAAAGCAAACUCCUGAAUUAAUCUCUGCCCAGCCUCCACAUCACCCACCACAGUCACCAGCACAAAUCCAGAUGCAACUACAGCAUGAGUUACAACAGCAAGCUGCAUUCUUUCAGCCUCAGUUUCUAAACCCAGCCUUUCUGCCACAUUUUCCUAUGACCCCAGAAGCACUGCUGCAGUUUCAGCAGCCUCAGUUUCUCUUUCCAUUCUACAUACCUGGGACGGAAUUUAGCUUGGGGCCAGACUUGGGCUUGCCAGGCUCUGCCACGUUUGGUAUGCCUGGCAUGACAGGAAUGGCGGGCUCCCUGCUUGAAGACCUGAAGCAGCAGAUUCAAACCCAACACCACGUUGGCCAAAGUCAACUCCAAAUACUGCAGCAACAAGCACAACAAUACCAAGCUGCGCAGCCUCAGCUGCAGCCUCAAAAACAGCAGCAGCAGCAGCAACCGCCGCAGCAGCCGCAGCAACAACAGGCGAGCAAAGUAUUGAAACAAGAGCAACCUGUCAUAGCAAAUACAGACUGCCAGAUCGUGAAGGAUAUUCCAUCUUACAAGGAGGCAGAAGAGAUUGCUGAAAAGCAGGAAAAACCAAAGCAAGAAUUUGUAAGUGACGGUGAAGGACUCAAAGAAGGCAAAGACAUAAAGAAACAAAAAUCUUUGGAACCAUCCAUCCCGCCACCCCGCAUAGCUUCAGGAGCCAGAGGAAAUGCAGCCAAAGCUUUAUUGGAAAAUUUUGGUUUUGAACUGGUCAUUCAGUAUAACGAAAACAGGCAGAAGGUACAGAAGAAAGGCAAAAGCGGUGAAGGCGAAAACACUGACAAACUGGAGUGCGGAACGUGUGGGAAAUUGUUUUCCAAUGUUCUUAUUUUGAAGAGUCACCAAGAACAUGUACACGGGCAGUUUUUUCCAUACGGAGCGCUAGAAAAAUUUGCUCGUCAGUACAGGGAGGCCUAUGACAAGCUUUACCCAAUUUCUCCGUCUUCCCCAGAAACGCCGCCUCCACCGCCUCCUCCUCCUCCCCUGCCUCCAGCUCCUCCGCAGCCGCCUUCUAUGGGGCCUGUAAAAAUCCCUAACGCGGUUUCUACCCCUCUGCAAGCUCCACCCCCCACUCCUCCGCCCCCUCCUCCUCCCCCCCCACCGCCCCCUCCUCCUCCGCCCCCACCUCCACCCUCUGCUCCCCCGCAGGUCCAGCUGCCCGUGUCUCUGGACCUGCCGCUCUUCCCUUCCAUCAUGAUGCAGCCUGUGCAGCACCCUGCGCUCCCUCCUCAACUGGCCCUGCAGCUGCCGCAGAUGGACACCCUCUCUGCAGAUCUCACUCAGCUUUGCCAGCAGCAGCUCGGGCUAGAUCCCAACUUCCUAAGGCAUUCUCAGUUCAAACGCCCACGGACAAGAAUUACAGAUGAUCAACUAAAAAUCCUGAGGGCUUAUUUUGACAUCAAUAACUCUCCAAGUGAAGAACAGAUCCAAGAAAUGGCAGAGAAAUCUGGCCUCUCUCAAAAAGUUAUCAAGCACUGGUUUCGAAAUACGCUGUUUAAGGAGCGACAGAGAAAUAAGGAUUCACCGUACAACUUCAGUAACCCUCCUAUAACUGUUUUGGAAGAUAUCAGAAUUGACCCCCAGCCCGCCUCUUUAGAACAUUACAAAUCCGAUGCAUCGUUCAGUAAAAGGUCUUCUAGAACGAGGUUUACUGACUACCAGCUUCGGGUUCUACAAGACUUUUUUGACACAAACGCUUACCCAAAAGAUGAUGAAAUAGAACAGCUCUCCACUGUUCUCAAUCUACCUACUCGGGUUAUUGUUGUAUGGUUCCAGAAUGCUCGACAGAAAGCACGGAAGAGUUAUGAGAAUCAAGCAGAAACUAAAGAUAAUGAAAAAAGAGAGCUCACGAAUGAACGGUAUAUUCGAACAAGCAACAUGCAGUACCAGUGUAAAAAGUGCAAUGUGGUUUUCCCCAGGAUCUUUGACUUGAUUACGCAUCAGAAAAAGCAGUGUUACAAGGAUGAGGAUGACGACGCCCAAGACGAAAGCCAAACGGAGGACUCCAUGGACGCCACCGAUCAGGUGGUGUAUAAGCAGUGUGCAGGGUCUGCUCAGACCGAGGCAGCCAGAAACACCGCUGCACCUGCUGCAAGCUCCGGCUCUGGGGCUAGCACCCCCCUGAUUCCGUCACCCAAACCAGAACCCGAAAAGACUUCUCCAAAGCCUGAAUAUCCCACAGAAAAGCCAAAGCAGAGUGACCCCUCUCCCCCUUCCCAAGGCACCAAACCAGCCCUGCCAUUAGUGUCGACUUCCUCAGACCCGCCACAGACGUCCACGUCCGCAGCCCAGCCACAGCCACAGCCACCAAAACCACCCCCACUUAUUGGAAGACCUCCCUCGGCCUCGCAAACCCCGGUCCCCUCCAGUCCACUGCAAAUUCCUAUGACUUCUCUCCAGAACAGUCUACCUCCACAGUUACUACAAUACCAAUGUGAUCAGUGUACAGUGGCCUUCCCGACCCUGGAACUCUGGCAGGAGCACCAGCACAUGCACUUCCUCGCUGCUCAAAACCAAUUCCUCCACUCUCCGUUCCUGGAAAGGCCCCUGGACAUGCCCUACAUGAUAUUCGACCCCAACAAUCCGCUGAUGACAGGACAGCUGCUGAGUAGCUCGCUCACACAAAUGCCACCUCAAACCAGUUCUUCCCACACCCCGGCCCCCGCAACAGUUGCUGCUUCCCUGAAAAGGAAACUGGAUGAUAAAGAAGAUAAUAAUUGCAGUGAGAAAGAAGGAGGGAAUAGCGGUGAAGACCAACACCGUGACAAACGCUUGAGAACCACCAUCACCCCAGAACAACUGGAAAUACUCUAUGAAAAAUACUUGUUGGAUUCCAAUCCCACCAGGAAAAUGCUUGAUCAUAUUGCACGCGAAGUAGGGCUGAAGAAAAGAGUCGUGCAGGUCUGGUUCCAGAACACACGAGCGCGAGAGAGGAAAGGUCAGUUCCGCGCAGUGGGUCCAGCCCAGUCUCAUAAGAGGUGUCCCUUUUGCCGAGCCCUGUUUAAAGCAAAGUCAGCUUUAGAAAGCCACAUUCGCUCUAGGCACUGGAAUGAAGGAAAGCAGGCAGGUUACAGCUUGCCUCCAAGUCCUUUAAUAUCAGCAGAAGAUGGGGGAGAAAGCCCACAGAAAUACAUUUAUUUUGAUUAUCCAUCUUUACCAUUAACUAAAAUUGAUCUAUCAAGUGAGAAUGAAUUGGCUUCUACAGUGUCAACACCUGUUAGUAAAACAGCAGAGCUGUCACCGAAGAAUAUUUUAAGCCCUUCUUCUUUUAAAGCAGAAUGUUCUGAGGAUGCAGAGACUUCAAAUGCCCCUCCUGCUGAGGUUGGGUAUGAUCAAAAUAAAAAUGACUUUGAUGAGACUUCGUCAAUUAAUACAGCAAUCAGUGACGCCACCACCGGAGACGAGGGAAACACUGAAAUGGAAAGCACCACUGGAAGCUCUGGAGAUGUGAAACCAGCUUUGUCUCCUAAAGAGCCAAAAAUGCUUGACGCUUUGCCCAAAACAGCAACCACACCUACCGCAGAGGUCUGUGAUGACAAAUUUCUCUUUUCUCUCACCAGUCCAUCAAUCCAUUUCAAUGAUAAAGAUGGUGACCAUGACCAAAGCUUUUAUAUCACGGAUGACCCUGAUGAUAAUGCUGACCGCAGCGAGACGUCCAGCAUAGCCGACCCGAGCUCGCCAAAUCCAUUUGGAUCCAGCAAUCCUUUUAAAUCCAAAAGUAAUGACCGGCCAGGUCACAAGCGUUUCAGAACCCAGAUGAGCAAUCUUCAACUCAAGGUUCUCAAGGCUUGCUUCAGUGACUACCGAACUCCAACCAUGCAAGAAUGCGAAAUGCUAGGGAAUGAGAUUGGUCUGCCCAAACGUGUGGUCCAGGUGUGGUUUCAAAAUGCAAGGGCAAAGGAAAAGAAGUUUAAAAUUAACAUAGGGAAGCCUUUUAUGAUCAAUCAAAGUGGAACGGAAGGCACCAAGCCAGAGUGUACCCUCUGUGGGGUGAAGUACUCUGCUCGCUUGUCCAUCAGAGAUCAUAUUUUCUCCAAACAGCACAUUUCAAAAGUAAGGGAGACUGUUGGCAGUCAGCUUGAUCGGGAGAAAGAUUACUUAGCUCCGACCACAGUUCGACAGCUGAUGGCACAGCAAGAACUCGAUCGUAUAAAGAAAGCUUCAGAUGUGCUGGGCUUAACAGUGCAGCAGCCGGGCAUGAUGGACAGCAGCUCCCUCCAUGGUAUCAGCCUGCCAGCGGCCUACCCAGGACUCCCCGGCCUUCCUCCAGUCCUUCUCCCUGGAAUGAAUGGUCCAUCCUCCUUGCCUGGAUUUCCACAAAAUUCAAACACUUUAACACCUCCCGGUGCAGGCAUGCUUGGGUUUCCUCCUUCAGCUACUUCGUCUCCUGCCCUGUCUCUCAGCAGUGCCCCCACCAAACCUUUGCUGCAGACUCCACCACCUCCACCACCUCCUCCUCCUCCUCCUCCUCCAUCCUCUCUGUCAGGACAGCAGACCGAGCCACAGCACAAAGAAUCUGAGAAAAAG